AUGCUCCCAGAAAAUACCGCAAACAACAAAGAUUCUCGAGAUUUUCCCAAUCACCGAUCCAAAGCCCCUACAGAAAACCCCAAACACCCAGAACCAAUCAACGAGAAGGAUAGCACUAAUUUUUACCAAACAGAAGAUAAAAACAAAAAAGAAAGGUUUUUGCAAAGUGGGGAUUUUUCAGAGGAAACCCCAAUUGCCAAUUGCCAUCGGGAUCUGGCAUUUACGUUCCAGGACGAAUUUCCAGCCUCUGCUGGAACGAAAGGGGAAAAUGGGAACUAA